AUGGCACUGAAGGGUUUGGCAGUGCUGAUCUUCGCUGGAUGCUGGCUAAUGUCCACGUUCGCUCCCCUGACAGACGCAUACGGGCCGAUUAACUACUCCUGCUGUAAGAGGUACACCCGCACACCUCUACCCGUGGGCAAAAUCAAAGGCUUCGCGCUGCAGAGUGCCCAGGAGGUGUGCCGCAUCGACGCCGUCAUAUUCCUUACAGAAGAAAACCGGAAGAUUUGUGCCAGCGGGCAGCAUGAGUGGGUGAAGCGGGCACUGAAGCACCUGAGAAGCAAAAUCGGCAAGAUGACUGAGCAGAAGGAGAACAAGGUCGCCAAACCCGCGCUGCAGAACGGCACCGGCGCCUGAAGGCUUCGUCCUCGCCGCCGCACGCUGGAGACCCACGAGCUAAUGCCGCUGUCGCUAAACGUCGUUUCAUUUAAUCUACGCACAAAAUAACCACUAGCGUUAUCUUUAGCAUUAA